AACAGUGUCACCGUCGGCGCCACCAAAACUGGCAGGACAAUACAAGACUGUCAGGCAAAAAUUUGGAACAAUCACGUAAAUUUGAAACAUGGUCUUCCGUCGAACCCGCGUAACGACACGUGUACGGCAGGGGCUGGCUCCCUGCUGCUGGAGUUCGGCCUGCUCAGCCGGCUGGUGGGGGAUCCCGUGUACGAGAGCAUCGCCAGGAGAGCCGUCAAGGCACUGUGGAGGUACAGGCAUGCCUCCACUGGGCUCGUAGGGAACACCAUAAACAUCCAGACUGGGGAAUGGAUGGGUCCAUGGGCGGGGCUUGGGGCGGGGUCAGACUCCUUCUAUGAAUACCUGUUCAAGGGCUACAUCAUGUACGGUGAUCCAGAGGACCUGAAAAUGUUCCGGGAGAUCUACACCAGCGUCAAACAGAACCUCAGGAAAGGCCGGGACAGGUGUAAUAGCGGCCAGGGGAACCCUCCCAUGUACGUCAACGUGAACAUCGGGGAUGGGUCGCUGGCAUCCACCUGGGUCGACUCCCUGCAGGCCUUCUGGGCGGGGCUGCAGGUUCUGAACGGUGACAUAGAGGAGGCGAUCUGCCACCACGCUGUGUACUACGCCAUCUGGCGGCGGUACGGGGCACUGCCGGAGAGGUUCAACUGGCACCUGAAGGCACCUGAUGUUCGCUUUUACCCACUGCGACCUGAACUGGUGGAGUCAACGUACUUACUGUAUCAGGCCACCAAAAACCCCUUCUACCUGCAUGUAGGGACAGACAUCUUGAGAAGCUUAGAGCAACAUGCCAAGGCAAAAUGUGGCUAUGCAACUCUACACUGUGUGAUCAACAAGACUCAGGAAGACCGUAUGGAGAGCUUCUUCCUCAGUGAGACCUGCAAAUACCUAUAUUUGUUGUUUGACAAGGACAACCACGUGAACCAGCAUGCCCGACGUUACCUCUUCACCACGGAGGGACACCUGUUCAGGGUCGACAGGACGUUCCGAAGGUCACCCUGGGAGUGGGAGGGGCUGUCACAACCCAAGAGGUCAAAGGUUGAAGAGCAACUGUCAGUGGUGGAUGCUCGAGGCUUGAAUGGAACUAAUUGUCACAAGAUCCCUACAGAGAGACGGUACCUGCUGCCACUCCAGAGUCGAUACCAGCAUCAGCUGGACAGUUUCAUGGGGCUGAACACAUAGCAGUGACAGGACAUCCUCCACUGAGCAUUUCCGUCUCGUAAACAGUCUUUGCUAUUUGAAACGGUCGAUGCAAUAUCGCUGAAUGGUUGAUGCCAUCUCCAGUGAAUCAUAACUUCUUUAAGAGGCAAAAACAUUUAAAACUCUAUAAAAAGCAACAUUUCAUUCUCAAAUUUAUGACACCAUUGUGAAAAAUAGUGAAGAUACUUAGUCUAGUGAAAAAAGACAGAGCAUAAGAUUUGAACCUGCUUCAAAAAUUCUAAAACCCUAAUUCUCUACAUCUUGAAACAUCAUGGUGUUAACUAGGAGUGUUCUAUUACACUUAAAGUUAGCUAUUCUGCAAUAUGGCAUCAACUGCUUCAAAAGGCAAUGACCAUAUACGAGACAGAAAGUAGCUACUCCACCACCUCACAUAUCUGACAAUACAUCCCAUGGGGGAGGGGGGUUUACUGGACUGUCAUUUGCCAUCUUUAUAAAUCUUUGAGAUUUUUACUGGUCAGCAGCUGUAUUUAUUGACUUGCAUGUUGGAGCAAGUGGCUUUGAACGUAAACAGUUUGAACAUUUGAAAACUUGCAACUUUUCAUCCCAUGUACAUGUAGGGCGAUGUCUUACAUACCUUUGGGACUGAACUUUUGUUCAGUCACUAUGAUAGAAUGACACAGUUACUGUAAUAUUUUGUCUUUGAGGAGCUCAUGUUUUGCCAUAGUUACCUCGUAGUAGUAGACAAAGGCAAUCUUUGUCACACAGUUUAAAGAAGCAUUUAUGUUGAGGUUCAAUUUUGGUGUAUGUUGGUUGUAUAAUGUUGCUGUGCUGCUUUGUAUUAGAAUUCUAUCAUAUUGUCAUCCUAGCAGACAGAGAACUAAUCGUUUAUUUGCCUUCUCAUUUAGUUCAGUUCAGACAAUUUGCAGAACUUUUUGCUUUUCAUACAUAUAUGAGGUAGGAGUGAAAGUACCCCUUAGUGUAUCAUUGUUCUAGCCAGCAAGAAUUUUUUCCCGUCAUCUCAAUUUUGUUUGUUAUAACUGUGUUGUAUCAUGUCGAGCGCAAGAGGUGUUACACCCCUAGGGGUCCGUGGGCAUGCUCCUCUGGGAAAAUUUUGAAGUCUAAAAGACUUGACCUUCUGAAACACUAUUUCCUGCAUUUUGAAGGAAAAAAUUGGCUGAAGACUAAGCUUACUAUAUAAUGACAUCUCGUUCCAAGAUGGGUGAAAUUUUCAUUGUGAGCAGCAAAAUUCCAUCAAAUGACAGAGAGAUGGACAUUAGCUAGAACAUUGGGGUAUACUAGUACUGCUAGGGUCACAGUCGAUAGUGCCUGUUGUCUGUCAAAUGUGACUAUAAGGCAUCAUUAGUGCCUCAUCAUUCCAGCAUCCUUCAGUUGUCAUGGAAGGAAACAGGGUCUUCCCAAGUUAACUCAGCAGACAUAUUUUGAUACUACCCAUUUUGGCAUUUAGACCAGUUGUGCCAAUAUUGGUCGUGAUGUGAACAUUUUGUAGACUAUUGUCCUGUAGUUUGAUAACUACCUGCUAGAGGGAGUUGCCAUUCAAUUUGGAAAGGAGAUGGCAGCUGAGUGCUUGAGUCCGUAAAGAAACAUACAUAUAUACUAGUACUACGAUAAAAAAACAUACUUACUGAUGAGUCAAUUUCUUUUCAGUGUAUUAUGAUACAGAAAUUAUGUUUGUUUGAUAUGGUUUGCCAUGGAGGAAAAGCUUAUCUAUACUUUUGUCCUUUUGAGCAAUGACAGUUCCCUACUACCAUGCCUGCCAUAAUCAUGAAGCCAUGUAACAACAAAUCAUUCCAAAUCACGAAUUCUACUUCAACCCAACACGAUGCCAACAACUUUGAAUGUUGCACUGAAAGAUUAUUCAAGGUGAGAUUUUAUACGACACGAGUACAGUGAAUGUUAUAAAAAUACAUGAAGACAAAAAUGCCUAGCUGGUAAAUCUAUAAAUUAUAUAAUUACAGGGUACAUAAAUCCUUACAUGUAACGUGUUACUUGUUUGAUCUUGAUAAUUAUGAUGACCUAUACUUCUGUAUACAUUGUGAUUAUAUCAAUUGAAUAUUUCCUAAGAUGUGUGUUGAGAAUUUUUACAUGAAUAAUUCUACUGGAAUGUCGAACUCAAGUGUCCUUUGAGGCAAACCAGUAGGAGUUUAGUUAAGAUAUAGGAGUGGGUACCAGUUUGGCUUGAUCAGGUCCAAGUGCAGAUCCAAGUCAAAAUAACGAGAUCCAGGUCUGAACCAGAUUAUGGUAUUACAGUGAAAAAUAAGGUACAUGUGUGUAGUACUACACUGUGUAUAGUAUUUUUGGAGAGUGAGACACAAACAGUCUCUCAGGUCUCUCUGAGUGCUACAAAUUAUGUUUGAUUUCACAGUGUAUAGUACUGUAUACUACUGGAAUGACAUUCUAGUUAUUUUCAAUGUACAAGCAUAUAUAUUUUGGCUAAUCUAAUUUUAUUCAUGGUUAUGUGCCCAGAUUACCAGGUACCGGUAAUGACAUAAUAUAUAGUACAUACAUGUAUACUAUUUUGGUUGAACUGUACGAUAUUAUUAAUAAGCCGUGUUACAUACUCUACUGUGUUACAUGUACAUCAUGACAAGGGCUACAUGAACAUGCCACAAGUAAAUUUUAUGGACGACCAA